AUGCGAGUUCGAACCGUGUCUCCUGCUCAGCGACUUCUGUCUCCACGACCACCGGCGAGAUUCGAGGGUAGACGCUUACUCUGUAGCCAAUGCUUGAGGACACAGGUGCAACAGCGCAACUACAUUGCUCCACGUACAACGCCGACAUCUACACGACUCGCAUCGCACAGGCAAUUCAAUGCACAGCUUUAUUCGCGCACACGUCCUUAUGCGACCAUAGCCGAGGAAGUGACUGCAUCUAUAAAUCAUGGGCCUAUCGCAGAAUACGACCGGCGAGUAGCCGAAGGACGUCUGCGUAACGACGAGCACCAGCGGGGCAUCAUCCAAAAUUUACAACACUUACACGAUGAACUCAUCCGAUACGAAUCACCGGCCGUCGUACAUCCGACAAUAGAAUCUCUCAAACCGUCGAAAUCAAUAUUUGGCUGGUUUGGAUCCAACAAGAGCAGCGCGCCGUUGCAGGAUAUACCGGCUGACCUACCCCGGGGGCUCUACCUAUAUGGCGAUGUCGGAUGCGGCAAAACCAUGCUUAUGGACUUGUUCUAUGAGACCAUGCCGAAAUCCGUCAAAUCCAAGACGAGGAUACACUUCCACAAUUUCAUGCAGGAUGUACACAAGAGACUUCACAAGAUGAAGAUGGAACAUGGAAAUGACAUCGAUGCUGUGCCAUUCGUAGCAGCCGAUAUAGCAGAGCAGGCCAACGUGCUCUGUUUCGACGAGUUUCAGUGUACAGACGUGGCAGAUGCCAUGAUUUUACGGCGGUUACUCGAGUCACUUAUGUCGCACGGAGUCGUUCUCGUCACAACCUCAAAUCGGAUGCCAGAUGAGUUAUACAAGAAUGGUAUUCAGCGACAGUCGUUCAUCCCGGCGAUCAACCUGCUGAAAUCGCGUCUACACGUAAUCAACCUUGAUUCACCUACGGAUUACCGAAAAAUCCCUCGACCGGCGUCUGGUGUUUAUCACACACCCCUUGAUGCCCAUGCAGCCUCACAUGCGGAGAAGUGGUUUCGAUUUUUGGGGGACCAUGAGUCGGUCGAACCCCAUUCCGAAGUACAAACAGUAUGGGGCCGCGAGAUACACGUUCCUCGAGUCAGCGGCAGAUGCGCCUGGUUCACCUUCAAAGAGCUGCUUGGAAAAGCCACGGGUGCCGCAGACUAUAUCGAGCUAUGCCGCAACUACGAUGCCUUCAUCGUAACUGAAGUGCCGGGUAUGACAUAUCGUGAACGUGAUAUCGCCCGGCGGUUCAUCACCUUCCUCGAUGCAGUUUACGAGGCUCAUGCCAAACUUGUACUGACGACAGCUAAGCCUCUUACACAGCUAUUCCUCUCCGCUCAAGAAUUGGAAGAUUCGAUGCAAGAAAAGGAGAAGGCUAAUGAUAAGGGCGAGGACUCAGAACAGGCGGUGAAAGGUGCCGUUCAAGAUGCCAUGGAGGACGUGAACAAUAAUAUUCAGCAACUAAAGGAAGCUAACGUUUUCUCGGGCGACGAAGAGCGCUUUGCUUUCAUCAGAGCUCUUUCUCGGCUCACAGAGAUGGGAAGCAAAGAAUGGGUCGAAAGAGGCAUGGGGCUUGAGAAGGCGGGCGGCAAGAAAGAGCGGGAUGAUUGGGCAAAGGUGCGAAGUCGGCACAUGGAGGAUAGUAUGUGA